AUGUCUCUGCAACUCACCGUGAUAAUCAUUGGCGCGGGUAUUGGUGGCCUGGCUGCUGCAGUGGCACUCCGUCACGCCGGCCACGAAGUCAUCGUUGUGGAAAAAUACAGCGACAAACGUGAGGUCGGCUUCGCCGUGAGCAUAUCACCCAACGCCAACAAGGUCCUACGAAGCCUGGGUGUCAGUUUUAAGAGUGGUCGUAUGGUGGACUGCACCGAAGAUGUGUUCAUCCAGGCAGCACCAGGCCAGUGGCCAUUUCAAGUCCUGAUGCGGUCCUCAUUAGCCCACCUCGAGAAGGAGUACGGCGCGCCAUCGAUGACCGUACACCGUGCCGAUCUACACGACUGUCUCAGGGAUCUGGCAACCACGAGGGAGGGUGCAGGUGUGCCUGUGGAAAUCGUAGAGGGAGCUUCAGCGACGCAUUUCGACUCUGGGGGCUCCAUUACACUACACAACGGAGUGGUAUUAAGGGCAGACUUUGUAGUUGCGGCGGACGGCGUAAAGUCCAAAGCACACCAAUCCAUCAUGAAAGAUGGGGCAGAGAGACCUGCGAAACUGAGCGGGAUCAGCAAUGUCCGGUUCUGCGUACCAACCAAGGCACUCGUGGAAGAUGAGGAAUUGAGAGAGUUCAUGGAACUUGCUCCUCAUGGCACCUCCGUAACUUUGGGGGUAAGGCAAGACCGGAUGAUUCUGCGGUACCCGUGUCGAGACAAUCUGCUCCAGAAUUUCGGCCUCUACGCCGCUGGUGACGGCGUGCCUGACAACGAACAGAAAUGGAAGAUGCAGUCGUCGAAACAAGUUGCCCGCGACCACAUGCAGAGCUUCCAUUCUUCACUCCACAAGAUGCUUGACUACUGUAAGGAAGACGAGAUGUACCUCUGGAAAGUGGCGGACCGCGACCCUCUGCCCACAUACCACAAGGACCGCCUUAUCGUCCUUGGCGACGCUGCACAUCCAAUGCUCCCAACCCUCGGAAACGGCGCCGGAAUGGCGAUCGAGGAUGCAGGAGCUCUGGGGUUGGUUAUGGAAGGAAUUAGGGACGUGAAAGAGGUGACAGAGAGGUUGAAGCUGUGGAAUAGCGUGCGGAGACCUCGGGCGAGUGCGGUACAGCUCCUGAGUCGGACGACAGGGGUGGGUUAUGCUCUCAGCAAUGACACGCAGAAGAUGGUGAGGGAAUACCUGUCGGAGGAGGAGCUCCCAGACUUCGAGCUGCCAUGUGUGAAGAAGAUGUUGUUCAGUUACGAUUGCCUGAGGGAGAUGGAGCUAGCGCUUCAAGACGCAAGGGGUUCGGCGAAUUGUGCCUAA